GUCAAAUUCUCCCACCUUUUAAUUUAAAUUACAUGAUCAAAUACUGUACAUAAAUUGGGCUUGCGUAGAGGCCGAGAGUCUUUGCGUGAUCAACCACAACUAGAAGCUUUAGUUUGGUGGCAAUAACACACAAAUCUCGUAGUAUUAAUAUCUCUGCUUUUUAUCGAGUGAUGAGAAGCUGAAGUUAUUAUACAAUAAUGACUGGCCGGGUGGAAGCAAAUUAAAUUAAAGACCGACUUUAAUUUAGCAAAGACUAAAGUAUGAAAAGGGGAGAGAUGAAUGGGGAAGAAGGAGAUGGAGAAGAAACCCAGAAGAGGGUUUAUGAUUCCUCAGUGGAUCACAGAGGUGAAGUUCCUCUCAGAGCUUCAACUGGUGUCUGGAAAGCUUCCUUCUUCAUCAUAAUAAUCGAGUUUGCAGAACGACUUAGCUUCUUUGGCAUAGCAACGAACCUGAUAACUUACCUAACCAAAGUAAUGCACAAUGACCUGAAAACAGCUGCUAAGAAUUCAAAUUAUUGGACGGGUGUCACUACCAUAAUGCCAUUGGUGGGAGGUUUCCUUGCUGAUUCCUAUACCGGUCGCUUCUCCAUGAUUGUAUUUUCUUCUAUCUUCUACCUUAUGGGACUGUGUCUUCUCACAAUGUCACAAUUCAUCCCCAACCUCAAGGCAUGUGAAGUGCCACACUGCGGAGGCGGCGUGCCACCAAGAAGAGUUCACCAGGUUGUGUUCUACCUUGCAAUCUAUCUAAUAUCUCUAGCGACCGGAGGGUUCAAACCAUGCCUAGAAAGCUUUGGAGCCGACCAGUUCGAUGAUGAUCACCCGAAAGAAAGGAAACAAAAGAUGUCAUUUUUUAACUGGUGGAAUGUGUCACUUUGUUGUGGGUUGUUGCUUGGAGUGACAGUGAUAUCUUAUGUUGAGGACUAUGUUAGUUGGGGAGCUGCUGCUGUGAUUCUUACUGCCACUAUGGGGUUAUCAACACUGGUGUUUUACUUGGGAAGGCCAUUUUUCAGAUAUAGAGUUUCAGUUGGCAGUCCUUUAAUACCUUUGUUUCAGGUCAUAGUUGCAGCUAUUGCAAAGAGGAAUUUGGUUCAUCCUUUAACCCCUGAACUGCUGUAUGAAGUUGAGAAAUCAAAGAAUCCCAAAGUCAGGCUGCUCUCACACACAAAUAGCCUCAGGUUUCUUGACAAAGCUGCAAUAGUAGAAGCCUGUAACGAUCCUCAAGAUGUAGAAGCUAGAAAAAAGAAUCCAUGGAGACUGGCAACAGUCACACAGGUUGAAGAAACCAAACUCGUACUCAACAUGAUUCCCAUCUGGUUAUCUUCCCUAAUGUUGGGAGUAUGCAUGUCUUUUGGCUCAACCUUCUUCGUCAAGCAAAGCACCGCAAUGAACCGACACAUAGGUCACUUUGAGAUCCCCCCAGCAAGCAUUUACGCCUUAUCUGCUCUAGGUUUGUUGUUAUCAGUGAUCGCAUACGAGAAGGUCUUCGUACCCAUACUGAGAAAGAAAACGGGGAAUGAAAGGGGGAUAACCAUUCUCCAAAGGAUAGGGAUUGGUUUGUUUCUUAACAUUGUGGGCAUGGUGAUAGCCUCGUUGGUUGAGUCUCGAAGGAUAAGAAGUCUUCGAACAUCUUCCUCAAUGAGUGUCUUCUGGUUAACACCUCAGUACAUGAUUCUUUCUAUAGGUGACGGUUUUAGCCUUGUCGGUUUACAAGAGUUUUUCUACCACCAGGUUCCUGAUUCUAUGAGGAGUAUGGGGCUAGCAUUUUACCUUAGUGUGCUUGGAGUUGGGAGCUUCUUGAGCAGCUUUUUGAUAUCAGUCGUUGAUCGUGUGACGAAGAAGGGUGGUGGUAGUUGGUUUGGAAGGGAUAUGAACCAUAGCCGAUUAGACAAAUUCUAUUGGCUAAUCACGGUAAUGACUACAUUGGAUGUGUGCUUGUAUCUAUUUUUUGCCAAGAGAUAUACGUACAAAAAUGUCCAUGAAAGUGUGGAGGGAGAGGGUGGUAAGCAAGACCAAAAAAUGACAGAACUUGUUGCAUGAAAUUACUCUUCAACUUUCUCUACUUGUGUUGUAAUAUCUCAGAAUAGUUUAUAGUUGAAAGACCCGAAAACCUUAAAAUAUGGCAAUACUGCACUUACUCACUACACACACUAUGGUUUGAUACAAGUGUCUUAUGAUCUAUUUGAGUGACACUAACUCCA